AUGUCUAUGCCUGAGACUUUGCCGUGCAAAGUGGAGGGUUGAUUUUAGGCAGGACCUCCUUCACAUCCAAAUUAUGUGAUCCUUCUCCUCCUUUAGUAGUUCCCAGAAUGAUCUUCUUCUUUCUCUUGCUGGUUGAAGGAUAGAUUUUAUUUGUGCAUUUUUAGUUUAUUACCAUAUGCAAACAGCGCACUAUCUUCUAUAAAUUUUCCAGGUGCUGAAAGAUGCUUCAAUCGGCGCAGUUUUGAUUUGUCUGCUUUGAGGAAGAGUUAUAAGCGUAUUCAAUGGGGAAUUAUAUUUUCUGGACAAACAGGUAACGUUUCUUUUACUUUUUUCUGAUAUUGAGAAAUUAAACCUCUCAUGGCGCAAAGUGACAGUGCCUUUUGUUACAACUGGAAGGCUAAAAGAGUUGUGGGCAGCCACUCCAACUUUUUUCUUGAUGGGAUUAUUUUUUGGGUUUCAGUUGGAAAUUUUGAAUAUCAUCUGCUCGUAGGCUUCUGUUUUUAGGGAAUCCGAGAAGAAACUUUGUGAAAGAAUCUUGCCCUCUCGUUUAACUGCAAAAGCAUUGCUGUUACUGUAUUUUUUCUAUUGAAUAAUGUAGUUCUGUGUGCAUCAGCUGUAGAUAUAUAUCCCUGUAAUGUUUCCGUCAGUUUGAUGCAGGUGCGUCACCAUUUGGUUUCAAAUCUCCAUGCUUCAUUUCAUAUAUGAACUGAUUUUUUUCUAUAUCAUGCUCCAUCAUUGUUGCUUGAUAAAGUGCACAAGACUUCUGGAUGGAAACUUGGAAGCAUCCUAAAGCGAACGAAUGAGUGAUGUCUCACUUCUAAUUGUGCAUGGGUUUGGUUAUACAAUGUAAUUCUUUUGAAGAUCCCUCAAAUGCUUUUCUCUUUGGUGAGACUUUGUGGAAUUCAAGACUGCACGUGGACAUCCUAAUUUUCAUGCAUCAUCAUUGAUUGGUAUUCCACAUGGUAUUCAAGACUGCAUGUAGUAUUCCACAUGGUAGUUUUCUCUGUAAAAAGAUGGGUAUGUUCUUGAUGCGAAAUCUAUUUUAAUUGUGUCGUUUCUUUGAGGUGCUUAUUGUGUUGGAGUAGGGUAAUUUGACUUUCUUAGUUUUUUAAAAGAUAUGAAUAUAAACGCAUGAAAAUUAGCUUGAAAUGCAUGAAAAGAUAUAAAAGAUUGAAUGGUUCCUAAAAAUUGCAACACACAACGGGGUAUGUGUUUGACCUGAUGCAUGGUCUUUGAAAUAAAUUAGCUUGAAAUGUUAUUUGAAUCAUCAUGGAUUUUUAGCCUGAAUUCUUAUCGGACCUCAUAUUUCACAUUGUGAAGCAUCCGAGGACUUUUCAAUUAAGCUUUGCUGGGUUCUUUCAAUUUAAUAAUGAAUAGUUGAUUGAGGAAAUAGAAAUAUUGUAAUAUUAAAUUCAGAGUCUCUCAGGGGAAUAUACAGGUGGCCCUGCUAAUUUUAUCAAUUAAACAUCAAGGGGAUGCGUAAUGAUCAGAUAGUUAUAAACUUCCAUAUCACUUUUAAGAAUAUGGUGAAGCAACGUAAUGAGUGAACUUUUAGUUAACACAACCAUGACAGCUUAACUCGGCUUUGGCUUUUCCAAAAUUAACCAAAUUCAUGAACAAUCUUGUUUAUAUGAAAUUGCGUGAUGAAAAAUGAAGAAAUUUGGUGAUUAUUUGAAUUUUUUUUUAUGAAUUGCAAUUAAUGAAGGGCGUUUGCCUGAUUCGAAGGUUGUCCCUCGUCCUUGAGAGAAAGCUGAUAAAGAAGCUAAACUAUUCUUUGGUAGCUUCAUACAUAUUCUCCCAAGUUGUUAUUUCCAUCCUUAUGAAGUAGAGACACUAAAUUCAAGCGUUACUACAUGUGAACUCCCUGGUUUCUCCAUGGAGAACAUGGCAUCUGCUUGGAGAGUAGAUAUGAUGUGGAUAAUCUGCCUUACAGUUUUUGAUGUAGGAUAUGGUUGGUUUAAUUUUUUAUAUUUUCUGUCUAUAAUUUUUUUAUAGCAGUGGUUUCUUCAUUUGUUUGAUCUAGAUAGCCUUUUAUUUCAAGUGCUUUUUCUUCUUUAUAUGCUAAUGAAUCUUGGUAAUUUGACUUUGUUUCAUUCAAACCAAGGCACUGUGUUGCAAUUCGUAGUCCAUUAUUUUUUUCCCUUGGCCAAAAUUUGAUGUUUGCCUCGAAGUAGUUAGUUUAUGACCCCAUGUGGCUUGUAUGGUUUCAAAUUUUCUUCUUCGUGUCCACAGCAUUGAUUAUGGGGCUGAGUUGUAGUCCUGCCUUAGCUGAAGAUGUUUCUGUAAAUGAAUCCAAUUCCGGAAGAGAUGCAACAGGAGAUGCUUUGAUUACUGGUUUACGGAGGAUUGAAGAUGGUUCAGUUGUAUCAAAUUCACACACAGUAAAGUGGAGAAUUUUUACGGACAAUGGGAGGGAUUUAUUUUUGAAAGUAAGGCCGGCUUUUAUUUUUUCUGCAACAUUGUUCUGGCUAUUCAUUUUGUUUCACUACAUUAGGUUUUUAAGGUUUCCUUUUUCUUGUGUACAGGGAAAGGUGGAUGAAGCAGAAAAAUACUUCUUAUUGGCUUCAAAAGAGGCUAAAGAGGGCUUUGGAGAGAGAGACCCACAUGUGGCAUCUUCGUUGAAUAAUUUGGUAGCUAAGUCUUAUUUUUAUUCUAAAAAUUAUGUUUUAUUUCCAAUCAUCUCGUAUAAUGAGGGAUCUGAGUUCCGUUCUUCUUUUAUAGAGUGGUAUGGAAGUAUUUUCUAGUUGUAUUACCAUGAAGUAGUCACGGUAAUUAUCAGAAUUAUAACAAUUAAACAUGGUAUGAAAUGGUAUAUCUGACUGUAAUAACUGCUUAGAUCUUAAUGCCAUUUUUCGCAGCUCUCUGAAUCUUUAAAGUCCUAAUUAUCAGAAUCAUUCUUUUGAUAUGCUUUUCUUUUAUCUUUCUUGGAUAGGACCAAUAUUGUCAACGACAUUCUUUACUCUUUUCGUGGUAUAUCUGCCUUGUCCCCUCUGUAAUUUAAUCCCAGGGACCAUUGACGAAGAAGAAGAGGGCGACCUGGGAAUAGGACUUCUGAGCCGAGCAUUUCUAGGAAUAGAUGUGAAUAAAUGACAUAAUUUGGAUAAUAAAUUAACAAAGAAUUGAACUCAAACUGUUAAGGAAUUAAGAAUAGCUAUUGGAGGUACAUCUUUUUUUUUUCUUUAUAAAUAGACUUAUCUUUUUUUUCUUUUUGUCAAAGGACGAGUUGUCAACAAAGUUACCUGUUCCGUAUGCUUGAAACGUAGGUAUUAACUUCAUAAAAGGCAUAAUCUAAUUUGCCCAUGCAUAUUGCCCUUUCCCCACACUGCUGAAACACACUUCAUAGUCUUGUCAGGGUUACCUCAAUGGUAUUUUUUGCUGGUGGUAGUAAUGUACAAAGUCUGACAAUGUGUCAUGUGACAAAUUCAUAUCAUAAAGAAUUGUAUGCGCGUGUAAUAAUUAAGAGUUUUGGAACCUUUGGGGGCCGGCAUAUAAAAUAUCUUGGUUGAAUUUAAGGAAAUGUGAGACGCAUGUUCAAAAUGUUUAUGUAUGCAAAUUACGUGCAGUCAAUUACAUAAAGAACAUCAUUGAAUAAAUAAUUCAGGAUCCAUUGAUUUUCUAUAAUGAAUUUUUGUUAACUUUGCAAUGAGUACGUUUGAAUUUUUUUUAAAAUAAAAUUCUUAGAGAAAUAUCUCAUCUUGGUAUCUUGGAAUAUUUUUCUUUCGAGAGUCAUGUAAUCGUUAUCUGAUUAGAGGGAUGAGGAACACAAUUCGUACCUUUGAAGGUCCACAUGCUUCCAGUAAUACAUUAUAUUAAUAGGGGAAACUCUCAGAUGCUAUUGACACUCAAAAGUCCAAAAACAGUUUCACCUGCCAAGCUACUCUACUUGUGCCAAUUACCUUAUACUUUUCUUUUUUGAUUUCUGCAGGCUGAACUCUAUCGGGUACAGAAGGAAUUUCACAAAGCAGAGCCAUUAUAUUUGGAAGCUUUAAAUAUUCUACAGGAGGCUUUUGGGCCAGAGGAUGUGCGGUAUGUUCUGCGAGCAUUGAUCCCGGAGAUAUUCUGUCUUUAUUGAAUGUUAAAAUAUAGUUUAAUUAUAAGAAAAAAAAAUAUUGUGCUCAUUUCCAACUUCUUGAAGAUGUGAACGUAGGAAUUACAGAAAUAUGCUGUCAAACAUAACAAUAUAUCUACUUGAAAGUUGAUGUUCUUGGUACCAAUAAAUAUCUGAAAGCAGUUUCAUCAUAGAUGGAAGUAUGUAAUACAUCGCACUACUAUCUUGGCGACUGUGUUAUUGACUAAUUAUUAAAUCAAUGCAAAGUUUUUAUUUCAUGAUGCAGUCCGAGAUGUCUGGAGUCGAAAUCUUGUCCUUGAAUCCAAACCUCAGAGGAAGAAAAUUCAUAGAAUUGAUUGAAUGCUUCUAGGGCUACAAGGGGGGGGGGGGGGGGUUAAAUAUACCUUACUGUGCAACCAAGAGGUGCAAUUGACACCGAGGCAAGCCUAAAACCGCUCAGUUGACCUGGGUGAAUACCAUAUCAGGCUGAUUGUUUCCAUGCAGCUGGAUGCCCCUUCUAUGUGGCUAUCUUUGUCACCUAAGAGAUGCUUUAAAAUGUUGGGUUUGACUUAUUGCUAAUUUCUCGAAGUCAUGGUAUAUAAUUUACUCAUCUUAUUUCAAUGUAAGUUACUCUUAGUCAUAUCCCAAUGAUGCUUUGAGAUUGUUUAACCCAUUAAUUUGUCUUGUCGAAAAAAGGCAUACUUAUUAAAGAGCAUUAAAGAGACAAGGUCUUAAACUUUUUCAUUGCAUAUAUGAUUCACCCCAUAAGGCUGCAGAGAUAUGAAGCUUUUACGGUCACAGUCUAGUGUUUAUCUACUGAAGUCUAGACAUGCGCUAUUAGACACGAAAAUGUUGACACUUGGUACAAGGUGUUGAAUUUGCUUUAUCAUUCAUUUUUACUUGUGAAAAUUUUUCUUUAGCUUCCUUAAGACUUUUUAAUCAACUUUUUUUGGCCACAGAGUAGGAGCUGCUCUUCACAAUCUUGGGCAAUUUUACCUUGUACGAAAAAACCUUGAUGAAGCUCAAAGAUGUUAUGAGGUAAAAUUAUGCAUUUAUGAAGUUGAAUAAACUUCAGUUAAAGAUAAUUAUCAUCCUUUUAGAGCAUGGAGAUUGUAAGGGACCUACUUGAAUUGGGAUAUCUAAUUUUUUUGGUAUUUUUGUUUUGCAAUCUUGGUUAGCCAACCUGGUGUGAGGUUCACUGAUGAGGAAACAUGAACAUGUUAUGGGGUACAAUUAUACAUUUAUGAAGCUAAACUGAUUCCACUUAACUCUAUUUAUAUUUCCAUUGAAAACAUGGGAACCUAACUUAGACAUAUGAGAUGGGUAACAUAUUUGGCACUUUUAUGCUGCAAUAAUGGUUAGCAAACCUUGUUAGGCUCAGACUGGACCCACAGUGUGGAUCAGCUAUUGGAGAUGCCGAUUUUCGACAAAUAAAGUAUUUUGAAGACGAUCCAUUGUUUUUUAUUUGAAUUUUGUAUAAACAUUUACAAGUUACUCUCAACUGCCACAAAGGAGGUGUAAUCUGCUUUUCUGCAAAUACUUUAAAAAUCAGACAAUGUUGGCCUUUAUGUUUUAGGUUUGACAUGUGGAGGUUCAAUCUAUGUUAUUUGUUCAUAGAUAAAAAAAGUUACAUAAUUUGAAUGAACACAUUUUCUGAAAGUGGAUGCUGUUGUUAUUUCUUUACUUUAUCAGCAGUCUAUGUCCUGAGUUCUCGAUUGUUUAUUAAUAUUUCGUAUGGAAACUGCAUUAUAUUUACUUUUAAAAGACGAAUGAUUUUUCCUUUACAUUUCACCCUAAGUUAGUUUUCUUUCUCUUAUCUGUUUCAUGUGGCAGCGGGCAUUGAAGGUACAUUAUGUGUGGUAUUCAGUGUUUAACUUGAAGCCUGCACCAGGCAUCAUCUGCUGACGGUUUUCUUGUUGCUUCCAUCUGAUCUCUUAAUAUUUUUUCUGGUCGUUCCAUCUUUCUAUAAUUUGCUUGUUGUGCUGAUAUGAAAUUACCUUUCACAGAUAAAGGGACGUGUUUUAGGUUAUGGACAUACCGACUAUGCAGAUACGAUGUAUCAUCUGGGGACGGUAAAAUAUUGGAAUGACACUGAUUAUUAAUUACUUAUUUCAGUUUUUCUGCUGAGGGUUGUUUUUUUUCUACUGUCAACAUCAGCUUUUCAGAAUUGAUGUAUUUCUAACUAAUAUUGCCUUUUCAAUGUUCUUUUUUGGUUGUGGGUAGGUGCUCCUAUUCUCAACUUUUUCCUGAUUUUUUUUGCUGAGAGAAAUCUGGUUGUUUGAACUUGCUAGAAGAUUUCUUUGCAUCCUUAUCUCAAGUUGAAGGGAGUGAUAGAUGAUGAAUGAAACUGUGAAAUGAUUAACGGGAAAAAAAAUAUAAGUUGUGAUUGGGGGACUGUCAAAUCUCACAGGUUCAAAUACUGCUGUGGAAAUCUUUUGGUUCUUGUGAAUGUAAGAUGUGGUUGGUGCCUUAAUACACUUCUGAACUGCAAAGUCCUGUUUGUUUUCAGUUCUAUUAAAUUUUGUUCUGACAUUAUUCUGUUCCAUGGUUUAUUGCUUUCCGUUAAAAAUAUUGGUUAACACUAAAUUUGCCUUGAAUUUUUUAAUCGGAUGUAAAUGUUUCUAUAUCAGAUGUAAGUUUGCAGAUCAUUUGUAGUUACAUAAUAUGGUGCUGAAAAAUUUGCAUAGUGCUUUUUCAAGAUGUCUCCUGGAAGGAACCUCGGGAUGCAAUUCUAUAUCCAUCUCUGAUAUAUUUUUAAAAUAUUAUUUCUAUAUUUCAAUUUUUUUUACUUAUAUAUACAUUUCUAAUAUUUAUUUAUAUAUACUUCUAGUUUUUUCUAGUUUUUCCUUUCAAAUAAUUCAAUUUGUAGUUAUAAACUACAAGUAAAAUUUACUGCAUCUUCAGUCAUCGCCCUACCUCAUAUAUUGCUGGAAUUUUUUAAUUCAUUUGAUAAGCCAAGAAGAAGGAUAAGGCAGCAGUCCUGGUUUUUCGGAAUCUAAUCUAGGAUUGAUCCUAUUUCCAUGCUUUGGCUGUGGAGAUUGGUGUAUGAUUUCAAUAGGUUGUUAACCAUGAGGUAGCAGAUUCUUAAUGAUCCCUUCAAGAAAGGACUAUGCAGUCUCUUAGAAUAAGUCAAUCUGUAAUACUGCUGAGUAGUGGAUGUAGUUGAUCCUUGGUUUGCCCUAAACUAAGGUUCAAGGUUGAGACGUUUGGUUCCAGCAUCUUGAGUGAAAUGAUAGAAAAUGUAAGAGAACAGAAAUGAGAAGAAUGAGGAUGUCCAAUUGAAUGUCAGAUGUUGAUCAUAGGAUUGAAAAAAUGAUGAAUUUUCAGGAAGGCAUUUGAAUUGUGUGUUUUUUUUUGCAGGUGUUGUAUCUUCAAGGCAAAGAGAAGGAUGGAGAGGUUCUGAUUCGAGAUUCUAUUAGGAUACUAGAGGUCUUCCAUCUUAAGCUCAAGUUUCCCCCGGAGAGUUGGAAUUAUUGAUGUCGUUCUGUCUUUUUACUUCUCUUUUCUCUUGUUUAGGAAGGAGGAUUAGGUCAGUCAGCAAUUUUCGUUAGGAGGAUGCGAUAUCUUUCCCAGGUUCUAACAUAUUCCAUUGCUUUUUUAAUCUGUCUGAAGAGCCAUCUUUCUUAUGGAGAACUCAUGAUUGCAUUAAGCGUUGAGAAAUAUGAAUAUAUUUUCAUUCAUCGGGAUGGCUAUUUUGUGCAUCUAAUAUGGUGCAAUUUGAUCUGCUAAAUUGUGAAAUCCUAAAGAUUUUUUGCUUGGUUUUGCUGAAUAAAGGCUAGGUAGGUAUUGCAUUAUCACUUAAGCUUUACUUCCACGGCUAGUGCUUUUGAUCAAUCAUGUCUUAUACGAAUUAGCACCUGGAGACUCUGUUUAUUUAUACUUAUUAAUUAUCACAAAACACUGACCAAUGAUUUAUAUAGGAAUUUUUAAGAUGUAUCUUUGUGUAUCUUAUGCAUGCAUUGAGUGAUCAAAAGGUUUUUAUUGUGUUACACUUCCAAAGAUAGCACUACAGUAAAUAUUUUUCUUAUAAUUAACUCGUAGUUGAAAAUGAAAUACAUAUAGAAUAUCUAUCAUACAUCAGACUCCAUAAUUUUGCGUAUGAAAAAAUAAACAUGAGAAAGCAGGUGGCUCUUCCCAUUUCUUGGAUGCUGUCAUGGGCAUGCGGCUGCCAUGUUUGGCACAGUGAGAAGCUCAGACAUAUCUCCAACAAUGAGUGGGGGGUACUAGGGAACAUCGAUUGUAACCGAAGGAUAAAAAUUUGAACAGAUGUAUAUUCCAGAAGGCUUAUGUUUUAAAUUAAAACACAGGGUUUUUCCUCUUGGUGUUUAAGGGAUUGGAAAACAAGACAACAUAUAUGUAUAUACUAUGCUUCUUGCUAGAAAGUAGCGUUCAUGGACACCUUAUAUAAUUUUUUUUGUUGGCAUUUGUUUUGGUUCCCUGGGAUAUGCAUUGUGCAGAUUACAAUGAUCAACGAAUGAGCAUUCUUGAUCACAAGGCUAGACAAUAGUUUUCUUUUAAUUUUAUUUGGUUGUGUUCCAUAUUUCUUCAGGUUAUUUAACCACAUUUAUUUGAUGAUCCAUCCUGUGAAUGUUUAACUCUACAUUAGCAUAUUUAUCUCUAUUUGUUGCCAGGAUUUUUCUAAUCAUGUACAAUUUAUAUGACAGAUGCUGGUAAAGUCUGGUCUUUUACGUGAGGCUGAGGCACUACAAAGAAAGAUCUUGCAUGUGUUAGAGAUUUCAAAGGUUUUAUUUUUGUUUUGUUUCUGUCGUCCUAUUAAGAACUUUUCCAGUCUGUAAUAUCUGUGUGUUGGCUCUAUCAGCCAGAUUCUCUUUGUGAAUAUAUGUUCCUUUUUUUGGCCAAAGGAGGCUCAAUACAUGUUAUAUUGAUUGACAAAAAAUGUUGCAUAGGUAGAGUGAUAGUAAGCAACUGACAACUGCUACCUGCAGUUACCUACUUGAGUAUUCAGUUUAUCUGAAAAUUAAUUUCCACGUUCUUGUUGUCUACCAGCUCCCCUAAGGAACUUAUUCUAGCAGAUUGAGUGUUUGAUUGAAUGUCCGAGCUAUUUACUUUCUGGGCCUUGUGGUUCAGAUUCACGUCUUUCUUAUUUUACGGGCAUGUGCUUCUUUCGCUUCCAAACUGUAUAUGUUGACGUUUUGGUGAAAUGUGGUGCUUCGCCAUCUUCCAAAUUCUCCCUGAGAAAUAGGCAGAAGCUACAGGUGCAGUUUUCUUUUUGGGGCGAGGACAAUGGUUUAAGUUGAACUCGUGAAAGAAUUAUGUUUAAAUUGAUUCAACCAUGCUGGAUUUAUUUCCUUUGAAGUUCAAUGGAAGUAGAGUUAAUUGUCAUGGACUUGUAUAACCGAUGGAAUACUUGUUGGACAGAAGGAUGCUAUUAUUAUACCUGCCAUAUUGCAGUGAAUAUAGAAAGAAUAUCAAAUUGUUCGAUCUUUUCUGUCGGGGGAGAUUUCUGAACAGACAUUGUACACAUUUGGUUCAAAUAUUAGUUGGAGAUAUAUAUGUGUAUUGCUAGUGGCCUAAUGGGUGAUCCUUUCGCUAAAUACAGAGUGUUUUUGCAUUGCUCUCUUUGGACAAUGGUAACUGAUGAUGAAAAGAGUGCACUAAAGAAAUAAAUGACAGAAGAAACCAUUUUCCCGGAAAAAAAAUACAAUGAUAGGAAAAAAAAAACAAAAGAGGGUUAACUAUUUCCUCACAUUUUAACGAAUGCAGCAUUUCAUGGUGUAGCAUGUUAAAUAGGUUGAUUGUAAAAAUAAAUUGUGGCUUCAUUUUGGUUGCUAGCGAGUAGUCUCCAUCUUGUUUUUAUAUCUAACGGUCAAAUUUGUAACUUUUUACCAGGGAUGGUCACCUGACACUGUAAUUGCUGCAGAGCAGUUGGCAUUGACUCUUCAGUCCCUUGGGGAUUUACUCGAAGCCCAGGAGCUUCUGGAACGGUGCCGAUUUUUUUUUUUCUGUUUGAUCACACCUUUCUACUUUUUCUCUGUAUAUAUUGCGUAAGAGCCGACUUUAUGUUACUAAAAUAUUCAUCCCGCAGGUGUCUACACACUAGAAAGAACAUUUUGCAUGAAGAACACAUCCAGGUUCAUUUUCUUCUCGUAUGCUUUUGAAAGCUUGGUUUAUUUGAUUCUCGAUUCUCUAUAUUGUAAAUCCCUUUUGGUGUUGAUGCUAUCACAUUCUAUCCAAUACCUAGAGUUCUUCCAUUAAAGCUAUCUUUCGUUUUUAGUACGGGAAACAUGCAAAAUAAUAAGUUAGCUUCAGUAGGCUUGUGUGUCAGUUUGUGUAAAUUUAUCUUGCAAUGUAUGCAUGAUAUGAGUGUAUUGAUUAAUGCAACUGCUAAAAGAUUUCUGUCGAAAAGCAUUGGCAAAGGGAGAAUGACUCUGUCAUCUGUGACAGAGUGGAGGAAUGGCAGAAACCGUCUCAAGAUUCAUUGACCUUUAACACCCAUUAUACUAGGAGGAACCCUACACAACUUUCCCAAACUACCCAGUCUACGACUUAGAGCUUCCAACAAUUUCCAUUACGAGCGUGUUAAAUAAUCCGGUAGAACAAUCAUUUCUUUAUGUACAUAAAUUAUAUUAUUGUCAUUCAAUGACAUGAAAAGAGAAUUACACUUAUGUGAUCAUGUGUCUCAUAUCUGAUUUGAUGUUUAUUAUUUUCAUUGAUUUUUAAAUAAUGCGGAGGCUCCGCAUUCUUCUGAUUUGAAAUGUACAGGUGGCGGCUAACAUGCUUCAUUUAGCUAGAGUAAAAAUGCUAUGUUCUAGUCAACUAAGGAAGAGUAACCUGCCGGAGGCAAGGGCUGCACUUGACAAAGCAAAGCUCUUUUUAGAGGACUCUAUAAGGUUCCGGUCCUUUUUUCUCUCGCACAAAUUUUUGAAUAUUUUCAUAUUCAGAUAAUGUCAAAUGUAAUGCAAUUUAUUUCUCAAACAAGUGUUCCUCUUUGUCGUACAAAGCAGUAUAUUAGUUCUUACAGCUCUCUAUAUCUAGGUGCUGACAGGAUUCAAAGUUGAUGUCUCUUCCAAAAUCUUGACCUUUAAGUAGAUUGAAAACAUGUUGGCUUUUUUAGUUUCUUGUAACUGCAUAAUUUGCCCCUAAGUACGACUUCUGUUUGAUUGCGGGUAUGAUGUUUAUUCUCAGCGAGCGGUUUUCUCGUUUGUUUUCUCUUUAGAAGUGGUUAAGGCAUUGAUGUGCUGGUCAAGGUCUCUUGUAGGUUUGAGCUUUAAAUGCUGAUUAACAAUUCCCCUGUUUGAGCUUAAGGUCAUCACAUUUACCAAAUCCCAAGCUUGGCUUGCUUUUGUCUGAGGCCUUUUUAUGAAGAGAGAGAACAAGCUUCAUCGUAUAUGCUGUGGUACAUUGUAUUGGGUUUUAGUUUUAACUCAUAUCCAUAUUUUGUCCCAGCUUCUCUGAAGUGUGAGGUUAUACCUACUUUCUUGAAUUCGCUAAAAUAUCUUGCCUCAAGAUGCAGAAGAGGGGAGAUGAUUAGGUGGGGUAAGGUUUUUUGGGACGAAAUAGGGAAUGGCAUGCAGAGGGGAGAGAGACUCUCCAAUUGGAAUGAUGAAAGGGAAGGAUGGAAGACUCCUAUUGGUGGGUGAGGCAAUGAUGUAGAACAACACACUUAACAACAGGAAAAACUCAAAACUAGAGGGCCAGCCACUCUAGAAAUGGAUUGUGAAGAUGACAAGACGCAAAUAGGGCCGAAAAUCAAAUUAGGCCAAAAUGAUUAGAGCUAGGUUUCAGUUAACUAACAUGUCUUCUAGGCUGCUGGAAUUGUUAGACCUUGAUAAUGAGUGUUAGAGCCAAUUUUAGUAAUUGACACAUUUUUUAGACUGUUUUGAUUGUAUUUUAUAAUCUGUUCUGAUUUUUAGGAGUACCCAUUUAAGGCCAUCAUAUUGUAACUCUUGAAACAGCUUGAAUUAUACAAAUUCUCUCUUUGAGUGUCUCUCUCUACUUAUAGAGUCAAAAUUUUCCCCCUUGUGGAUUCAAAAGGAUCACCUUCAGUUUAUCUUUGUGGAUUCAAAGAUCAAGGAUUCCAGGUCAUGUGGAUUUAACAUGUUGUUUCUAAGCUCUGAAGCUUUAGAUUCUUACCCUAUGGAUUCAAGGCUCAAAUAUGUCAUUUUCUGAGACUCCAGUUAUGUCAAGUGCGUGAAUCUUUAUCUCAUGUCAUUUUGACAUCUUUACAUGGGUAAAUCUUUACAUUAAUGUAGUUCAAAUGGCGGAAGGUGAAGAUUUAUUCACUCGACGCAACUAGAGUUUUAGAAAUGAUAUAUUUCUAUUUUAAAUCUUCAAGGCACAAUAUCGAGCUUUGGAGUUGUGAAACCAUGCCUUGAAUCCACAAGACUUGGAAUCCCUAAUCCUUGAAUUCACAACUGACUUGAGGUGAUCCUUAGAUCCACAAGGAGGAAAAACUUGAAUCUAUUAGCAGAGAGAGACCCUUAAAGAGAAAAUUCGUAUUAUUCAACUUGUUUCUAGGGAUUACAAUGUGGUUAGGCCGAAAAUCAGAUGUGACGCCCCUAAGAAUCAGACCAGAUUCUGAAACAAAAUCAAAACAGUCUAACAAACGUGCCACCACAUUGUAAUCCCUAGCGUGUACUUUAUCUAGGUCUCUAAUAAAUACAGACGUCCUAGUAAAAAUGUCAGUUACUGAAAACCGACUCUGACUCAUUACUUAUGCACUUUAUUUUGGCGUAAUAUAGUUUAAGGCCCUGUUUGGGUCUUAUCGCCUUCACGGCCCAUUUCCAGAGUGGCUGGCCUUCCAGUUUUAGGCUUUUCCUGCUGCUGUUUGUGCUGCGCUACAUCAGGUAAGGACAAGACAAAGUACAGGAAUGGGUUGGAAGUCUGGGUAAGAGUGACAAUAUCUGCUGUCCUACGAGGGGAAGGGGGAUGGAGGUUGAGACGAAGGCGGGAUUCUGGAGUAUUCAUUAAGAAAAUCAAGGUGAAGGGAAGAUAUGGGACAAAAGGAUCAGAUGAAUUCUCAUGCGGUAGGAGAGGGAAGGAAAGUGAUGGGGAGGGAGAGAGUGUGUCUUAUGGUUCAGGUAAAAAAUCGGUCUGAGCUUAAAAAUCUGUACAUUUAAAAUUCUUUCUAGUCUGGAUUUUGAAACCCAGAUCCGGAGAAACCAUGCUCGGUUAAGUCAGACUAGAGUAUACCUAGCCUAUUGAAAACCCCAUCUCCACUGCAAGCAAUAUUUUUGAUGUGGAGAAUUUCGUAGUCUACUAAAAUGCAGUUUUCUAGUGAUUGUUUUCACACUGUCGAUAUCAAUUGGUUACGUAAUUUAUGAGAACAUUACUCUUCACCUCCAAUUUUAUGGAGUACUGUUCCUUGAACAUUACUCUUCACCUCCAAUUUUAUGGAUAAUUGCUGGGAGUAUAAGGAGAAAAAUGUAAAACAUUGUUGUAAAUGGGAACUUAUAGUUUUUGUUCUUUAGAAUUGUCUUUUUUAUUGACUCUUUUUGUGGAUGGAAAUUCUCAUAUCUUACUGCUGACGAUUUCACUUGAAUUGUGGAUUGUUUAGUCCACAUACUUCAUGAAACGGUUAUUUCCAAAAAUCAAAUAACAGAAAUCGUACUAAAAAGAAAAUGUUGUCUCAUUAUUAUACGCAAUGAAAAACUUCAGUGGAAAAAAUUCUCUGAUUUUUUUAUUUAGUCAUAGCCAUUCAUGUCAAUGGCUCUAGUUGACAAAAAAUCAACAAAAAAUUCACAGUGAGAUCUGCCUUUUAUUUGCUUAUUUUCUGGCUAUUCUUUAUUUUUUCCCUUAUUUGAUCUGGCUGUCGACGCUUAGGAUUUAAUGCGAAUGCGAGUCUGAAUAACCACAUCGAAUAAUAAAAAUGAUGAUGUCAAAAAUGACCUAGUUCAAGGCAAUAUUUUCCGUAUGAGUUUUUAACUAUGAUGUUUCAUGAUCAUAGUAUUAGUGUGAGAAAAGUUGCCUUUUCUUGGGAUAAUCCGAAUGUUUGAUAACUUCAUAAAACUCUAGAUGCACCUUACAGAAUCAUGUCACUGAAACUUUUCUCUUUUAUAUAAAAUGUAUAAUGUUUAAAUAUCAAAUAUUUUUCGAAACUUGGAAAAUAAAUUCGAUUUGGUUUUGAGGGUACUUAAGAAAGUAUUGAUAACGAAUUUGAUUGUAAGUUUAAGCAAUUAUCUCAUCUAGUUGGCUCAGAACUCUGUUGUGCUAAUAGGCUGUUUGUGUAUUUUCAUUUAAUUUAUUUUUUGUUUGAUAGGAUUGCAAAAGCAGCUUUGGAUCCUUCAAAAGCAGAUGGAAAUAAUCGUUUGAACAUCAGAUCCACAGUGGACAGCGAGAAAGAUUACCAUAUGGCAUUAAUAAUACUGGUUAGUUUGCCUUGGUGCACUACCAAGGACGAAUUUUCGUUUUUAGACGUAUUACUCCAAAAGAUACUGUUUCAAAAAGUUUUACUAUUUGUCUGACUCUUUAUGUAAAAUCACUGAUUGGAAAAGAAACUCAAAGCCUUUCUUUGAAUUUACUUCCCUUUAGAUGCUUUUUAUUGAGAAAAUUUUGGAAAUGAUUUUGCGAUAAAUGAUUGUAUUUUCUCUUAAGACGACUGAAAUUAUUUUUUAAAGAAACAUUUGACUUUUUGUAUGUACAUAGAAAAUGAUGAAAUGUUCCAUCGUCCAUUAUUUAUGAAUGUUAUCAUGGAGCAUCUAGUUUAUUCAAAAGCAAAUUUGCUCCUUGAAGUGACGAGUCGCGGAGUAACAAUUUUGUUGGACCUCGUCCCCUUGCCGUUUGAAUUUAUUGGUGGCUAGAGGGGAAAGUUUUGUAAGAUACUUUGUCCACAUCUGAGUUUCUUUUUGUAGAUUUAGUAAAUAAUCGAGAAAGGCAAAGAUCUCGGACCUAGAAUGGGGAUAUUUCCAAUACGCACACAGAAAAACAGAAUCUUGGAAAGGCUGAUCUCGAAACAACCUACUGUAAAUUUUUGACAGAGUACUCUUGUCGACCAUAAAGUCAAUAACCGUGAAACUCUUCAAUGGAAUUCUAGAAAGACUAAGCAUUUUGACAAAUACAUUUCUGUCUUGUUGGACUAGGAACGCAUUGACUUCUUGAUAUUUAUUAGGGAAAAACAUUUUUGGAUAUUUUUUCAGAUCGUACUGUGGUUGAUGCCAAUACGUCUAUAAAAAUCCAUUUUACUAUUUCUAUUAUGAUACUGCUUGACAUGAUGAUUGCUUUUAUCUUUACAAAGACUUAAUAUAAUCAGGAAUAAUAGCCUAGGGCUUGGGCGACCACAUCCUAGAAAGUUCAAUGGCUGUUGUGGCUGUCUGUCGAUUGGCAUCAGUCUCUUGGUUAUUGCAUAAAAAUCUGAAAGUUCAUUAGUUUCUGGGCAAUAUUGACAAAUGUUGUGAAGUACCUAGAGUCGUUUAGGCCCGUUAGGCCUGGAAUUCACUUGGGGCACCUAUAGACCCCUUAAGCAUGCAUCAUUUAUAGCAUUUCCUCGCGGGUGUCUGUGGACAAGAUAGAGAGAAAUCGUCUCCACUGCAAGCGCCUAGGAUUUAUGGAUGUCUUUUCUGCUCCAUCGAUUUUCUCUUCUAUCUCAACAUCUAGGGUUACCAGAUGUUGCUUUAUGCUCUCGAUCAUCUAUGAAUUUCUUCAGUUAGGAGAGAAUGCUUUCAGAGACUACCAAGAUCCCAUUUAUCUUAAUGUUGAGAUAAAUGAGCAUUUUGAUGACUCAAAGUUUAAUAUUAUCUUCUAUGAUGUGUUUUUCUGAUCUUGUGAAUUGUGUGUUGCAUGUUUGUGCAUUAUGAAGGAUCAUAGCUGAAAUUUGAGGAUUUGGGAGUGAAAUAAUCCUUAAAUACACAACGGUAUUGUGUUUCUUCAAUUGAAAUAUGAUUCUUCCACAUGCAGUUGCAAUCUCUCAAUGCCGUUGGUCUUUUGGAAGUUUCCAAGUAUGAAGUACAAGAACAAACGGUGAGCUGACACUCCAUUAUCUGACACAGAAAGCUCUAUACCUACCAACAAGUAUUGUGAAAUAGUUUCUUUACGUAUUGCUAAUUUCUUUUGGUGUUUUGGUUAGCAUUCCUUAUCAGAGGUUAGAGAGGGUGCUUUCCGUUUUUCAGUUUUUCUUAUUUAAAAUAUCAAUCACAAAUCAUUGCAUUAUUUUUCUCUCAUUUCUUCAUCAUUCUAUUGCUCUCCUAAGAGGAUAAACAUCAGUUGCACCACAGACAACAUGAAUCCCUAUUUAACUGUUUUCAUGCCUGAUUAACCUUGAUAAGCAAGCAUCUUUGAAAGAUCUGACUGGUAUAAAUAGCAAAAAAAAAGGGAGGCUAAUGUGUGCCCAUGAUCACAAAAAUCUCUGUGAAUUGCUCGUUAUUGACGCGAUUUCUCUUCUGAUUCUGGGGCAUAGAAGCUAUAAAUUAUGAUAAUAAUGCUUCAUUAUCUUGACCAAUCGCUCUCCAAUUCCCGUCCCAAUUUUUUAAUCUCCUAAACUGUGUAAUAUGUUGUUCUAGAUGCAACCAAUGGCUCACGCCGCAACCGAGUCUGAGCAUGCACUUUGUGAGUGCAUUUCCAUUUACAGAGAGGUAUGAUAUCUAAAUAAAAGCUUUGAUGCAUCUGCUGGAUCCAUCCAUCUGGCUGCCUCUGGGACUAGAACCCUCCUCCUUUGCUGCUUGAAAACCCUUGUCAGGUUUCCCUUCCAAGAAGAGUAGAUUGCAGUGCAUUUAUUACUUCAUGCCAAAUAUGGAUCACUUAAAGUCCUUAAAUGGGAAAGAUCUUAUGCAGCCGGCGAUUCGGAGCUUGCUGAAGUAUCCAGAUGUUGAGGGAGAGUAUCUGUCCUGCUUGAGGAGUCUCAUGAGCGUACUGGAGGACUACUCCGGCGAUAGGAAAGGCCCACAGAAGGCUACUCUCCAAGAGCUGAAAUAUGAAGUCAAGCGCAUAGAGGAUGACAUCGCAGCUGCCAGGAAGAACAGAAGCUAA